AUGCAAGCCUUGAGAAGCUUUUUUACGUGCUUGUUCUUCUUAUUCUCCCUUCUAAGAAUCUCAGCUGCAACUGCACUGGGCACAAUCACUCCGAGUCAAUAUAUAAGAGAUGGCGAAACUCUGGUUUCUGUAGGUGGAAGCUAUGAACUGGGAUUCUUCAACCCAGGUAAAUCGAAAAGCCGGUACGUGGGAAUAUGGUACACUGAUUCUACUGAUGCAGUUGUGUGGGUAGCCAACAGAGAAACACCACUUGGUGGUUCUUCGGGACUUUUGAAGCUCACCGAGCAAGGAGUUCUGGUCCUCCUUCUCAAUAGCUCAAACAGCAUUGUGUGGUCAUCGAAUUCUUCAAGAAUCGCGGGGAAUCCAGUGUUGCAACUCUUGGAUUCUGGAAAUCUUGUGGUGCAAGAUGGAAAUGAAACUAACCUGGAUAACUUCUUGUGGCCGAGUUUUAAUUAUCCUUGUGACACAUACCUACCGGAAAUGAAGAUUGGUUGGGACUUGGUUACCGGUUUAGAGAGGUAUCUCUCGUCUUGGAAGAGCACAGAAGAUCAUGCUCCAGGAGAGUUUUCCUUACGAAUAGAUUAUCGCGGCUUACCACAAUAUAUAGGACUGAAUUUGUGUGGAACAAGGAUGAAGUCUACUAUCUGCAGGGAGAAGCUUCGAGUUUGCAAGUGCUUUUGA